CCGCCGCGGCUCGGCGCCGCCGCCGCGGCUGGGAUUAGGCUCGCACUCGGCUGCCAUGCGGAGCGUCGGGGCGGCGGCGGGGCCCAGCGGGCGCGGGGCGCGGGGCGCCGCCGGGCGCUGAGGCGGGCGGCGGGCGAGGAGCCGCCGGAACUCUCCAGCGUGCUGGGGCGCUGCCCGCCCGCCCGCGGGAGCCGCGCCGCCCGAGCCCGCCGAGCCGCACCGCGGAGCCCCUCCGAUGCCUCCGACACCGCCGCUGCCGGGCUCCGCCGCGUCUCCGAGCAGCAUGGCCCGGAUUAGGUACCUCCGCGCGGCUGUCUCGGGCUUUUAUCUCUGGGAAGCUGCGGUACUGCUCAGCUUGGUAGCCACAAAGGAAACAGACAGUGCAAGAUCUCGUAGCAUGCCAAUGUCGCCAUCCGAUUUCCUGGAUAAGCUAAUGGGCAGGAUGUCAGGCUAUGAUGCGAGGAUCAGACCAAAUUUCAAAGGUCCUCCAGUUAAUGUCACAUGCAACAUAUUUAUAAACAGCUUUGGAUCCAUUGCAGAGACAACCAUGGAUUACCGAGUGAACAUCUUUCUCCGUCAGAAUUGGAAUGAUCCACGCCUCGCAUACAGUGAAUAUCCAGAUGACUCUUUAGAUUUAGAUCCAUCCAUGCUGGAUUCAAUUUGGAAACCUGAUUUGUUCUUUGCUAAUGAAAAAGGUGCCAACUUUCAUGAAGUUACAACAGAUAAUAAGUUGUUGCGAAUUUUCAAAAAUGGAAAUGUACUUUAUUCCAUCAGAUUGACUUUAAUACUUUCCUGUCCAAUGGAUCUCAAAAAUUUUCCAAUGGAUGUGCAAACAUGUAUAAUGCAGCUGGAAAGCUUUGGAUACACAAUGAAUGACCUCAUUUUUGAGUGGCAAGAAAAGGGAGCAGUUCAAGUAGCAGAAGGUCUCACGCUGCCACAGUUUCUGUUGAAAGAGGAAAAGGAUUUAUGUUACUGCACCAAGCAUUACAAUACAGGAAAGUUUACAUGUAUUGAAGUCCGCUUUCACCUUGAGAGGCAGAUGGGUUACUAUCUCAUCCAGAUGUACAUCCCCAGCCUCCUGAUCGUGAUUCUCUCCUGGGUGUCAUUCUGGAUCAAUAUGGAUGCAGCUCCAGCCAGAGUGGCUUUAGGCAUAACAACUGUGCUGACCAUGACAACACAAAGCUCAGGUUCACGAGCAUCUCUUCCAAAGGUGUCAUAUGUCAAAGCGAUUGACAUCUGGAUGGCGGUGUGUCUGCUCUUUGUGUUCUCUGCACUUCUGGAGUACGCAGCCGUAAACUUUGUGUCGAGGCAGCAUAAAGAGCUCCUGCGGUUCCGGCGCAAGAGGAAGAAGAGCAAGUAUUUUGAGGGAGUUCUUGAUGGAAAUGAAAUCAGUGAAUCAUUACAGCAUAGCAAUGGCUUGAGAUGUGCAGAACGUAUAGACGGGACUUUGCCUCAAAUCUACAGUACAAAUUUAAGGCAGGAUGAUGAUACACGUGACAGUCAGUUUAGCAUUACAGCAUAUGGAGUGGGCCCAUGUGUGCCAGCAAAAGACGGAAUAACACAAAAGGGGCCAAAUAAUCCUGUUCAAGCUGUACCAAAAAGCCCUGAGGAGAUGAGAAAGGUAUUCAUUGACCGGGCCAAGAAGAUAGACACAAUAUCCAGAGCUUGUUUCCCAUUAGCCUUUCUGAUUUUCAACAUUUUUUAUUGGGUAAUCUACAAAAUCAUCAGGCAUGAGGACAUUCACCAAUAACAAGAUUCAGGCUUCCAGUACAUAAAGAUCUGGCUGUCACACUCAAUAGGAGGCUUUUUGUUAGAAAUGCACGUCAGAGGAGUGUGGAAGAGAUAAAAGCAAUGAUGGGGAGAAAAAGGAUCCUACAUAGCCUGCAAUGACCAGCUACAGUGGGAUGGAAGAAUGACAGACGGAGAAGAUACAUCUGCUGUUGCAAACUAUCCUUCUCAAACUAAAUAUUAGCAACUUUUGCAUUGAAAAUCACUCUGUAAUGAAGCUUUACUGCCAAGUAUUUAUACAUACUGUUACAUAGUGGUAUAACUGUACAGUACUCUUUGAUGGUCCUUAAAUUUUUUUAAUAUUAGUGGCUUUUUAAUUUUAAAAUGUUUCCAGAAUACCCUAGGUGAAUCCCACAGUAUUACAGGAUAGAUUAGUGUUUGUAAGUUUUAUUUUCAUUUAACAAUAUAAUAGCAAAUUACUGAUUGGAGAAAGCACUUUAAAGGACUUGGUCUAGUCUUAAGGACAGUACUGGUGUGUUUACAGUGAACAUAUUUAACAUAUUUAAUUAAUAUAAUUUAUUCAAUGUACUUCAUAUUACUGUUCCCCUGGAAGGUGUAUGUUGAAAUAAUCUCAGACAGUAUAAAGUAUACAGUCUACAUUUCAUAUGAGAAAUAUACUAAAAUUUGUAAAGUAUUGAUUCCUGCAAAGGAUAUUUUUCUUCCAAUUACUUAUACUUUGAUAAUUGAAGCAUAUUCUUUAAUCUUUUUUUUCUCAGUUCAUAAAACAGUCACAGCUUGUGAAAUAGACAAAUUACAUCAAUAUUUUGAAAUGUUUCAUUUUGCUUCAAAGCAAAGAGAUCUCAGAACAAAACUGAAAGCAAAGAGUCAACUGCUUCACUGAAGCUUGUGGAGGAUGAAUACAGUUAUGUUUAUGCACGUUCAUCUCC